CAAAGGCUUGCUUGCAUCUAAGUUUACAUGGAAGUGAAAUCAAAUUUGAGGGUGUACUAUAUGAACAAGUCUUAAAUCAAAGUCAACGUCAACAAAGAACAGCUACAUAUGUGAAUAAACAAAUGGUAGAUCUGUGAUAUCCAUUUAUUUUUAAUGAUAAGGAGAGUACUGCAAAAGGAGAUGAAGAUGGAGGAGGAUCUAGAUUACAUCAAUGUACUCAAACGAGCAACAAAGCUUUUAUUCGGUAACAUCAAUCUCCUUAUCUUCCUCUUCCUUUGUUCUCUCCCUCUCUUUUGUUUCUUGAUCUACUUCGAGCUCUCCCUCCAAACCACUGUCUCGCUCGCUUCUCAAUACCUCGUUGGACAACUCCAUAACUGGGAUUACUACUACGUUCGUCAAGAUGCCUUGUCGGAGAAUCUGAUUCCAUUGCUUAUCCAGACGUUUCUACUCUACUUGUUCCCAUACUGCCUUCUAGACCUCCUCACGACCAGCACAAUAGUCUCCGCAUCUUGGAUUGUUCACACGUCCGGGGAGGAACCACCGUUAAGGUUCGGUCAAUUGGUUCGGAGAACCGUAGAGUUAUGUCGAAACAGAAUCGAAGGUUGUUUGAUCACCUCUCUAAACGUCCUUCUCUUGUCAACCCCUGUCUUCUUUGGUUUCUUCUUUGUAGCAACAAACUAUUUCUACAUCAUUUCUCUGAUCGGAGUGGGCAACUACUCAUACCAUUAUAUCGACCUUGAUGAAGGUGGUGGAGACUAUUACAGAAGCUAUAAUAGCAGUUUCGACAUUCCGGUAAGGAUGUUGUUUGAAGCGGUUAUGGCUGUGUUUCACUGCGCUAUCUUUCUAGUUUUGUUGGCGAAGUUCAGCAAGUGGAGCUCAGGAUGGAACAUGGGCUUGAUUGUUUCGGUGUUAGAAGAAGGAGAAGAUGGUCAAGGCAUCUAUGGACCCGAUGCCCUGACUCUGUCUAGUUACUAUGGAAGAGGACAUGAGAAGCGUGGUCUCCAAGUGAUGCUGGUGUUCUUGAUCUUCACUAUUGCGAUGAGGAUGCCAUGUUUUUGCUUCAAAUGCACUGAGAGUUCGAAAGGAACUAGAGUGUUGUACACGAGUUUUUAUGUGGGUUUGAUCUGUGUUGGGAAUAUGAUCAAAUGGGUGGCGUGUGUAGUGUUUUAUGAAGAUUGUAGAACUAGGGUUUUGGAGAAGAAAGGUGAUUUGGAGAUUGGAUCAAAAUCUAAGGCUCUCGCUGCAUAGAUAAAUAGUCUGAGAUCAAACCAAAACUCGAGCCCUAAACAAUUUCUAUAUGACCAAUUGCGUUGCCCUCUUCUUUUGGUCAGCUUUCCUUAUAGUAGUAAACUUAUAGUUGCUAUGUUUAAGCCCUUAAGUUCAUAUUACAUUUUAUUGUAUUGUUGUGUGAUCUUAUCGAUAGAUCAUAUAUAAUGCAAAGUUUUCUUAUCUC